CACGUGACCUCUGACGUCACGCCCCUGCGGUGAAGAAAGAGAGGGAAGGCGGGCCGCCAUUUUGUUUCCUCGACGGACGAUGCGGGGCUGCUUCCGCCCCGGCCUGCCUGCCUGUGGGGUGCUGCUGGUGCUCCUGAGUGAACUGCCGCCGGACGCUCUCUCCGAUAUCAUCCCCAUAGACGAAUGUGGAACAAGGCCCGUUGUGGAUGAAAUAGCUACAGGGAGUCGGAUUAUUGGUGGACAUGAUGCUCAGCUUGGGGCCUGGCCCUGGCAAGUUAGCCUUCAGAUUUAUCAUUUUGGUGUAGGCUAUGUCCAUGUGUGUGGUGGUUCCUUAAUUAAUCACAACUCGGUGCUAACAGCUGCACACUGUGUUAAAAGGGGGGAUCCUGGGUUUUGGAACGCUGUGAUUGGAAUGCAUCAUCUUUAUAGAUACCAAACACAUACAAGAAAGAGCCGGGUCAGGGCUAUCAUUAUUCACGCUAAUUACGACCAGGCCACAUUUAAAAACGAUGUUGCUUUGUUCAAAUUAAUAGAUUCUAUCAAAUUCAAUGAAUAUAUCCAACCUGUUUGCUUACCGAAUGGUCCCCUUACUAUAACUAAUGAGACCCCAUGUUACAUAAGUGGAUGGGGAAACACAGUGGAGAAAGGUAGACUCAGAGAUGUCUUACAGGAAGCACAAGUAGAUGUUUUUCCAUCUGUACUCUGUAACCGAAUUGACUGGUAUGCAGGGACAGUAACAAAGGAUAUGUUUUGUGCAGGUGCAGAAAGUGGAGGUAUUGAUAGUUGUCAGGGAGACAGUGGUGGACCUUUAAUGUGCUAUUUCCCAGAUGCCACCAAAUACUAUCUGGUGGGAAUCACAAGUUUUGGCCUUGGUUGUGGUCGGCCAAAACUUCCAGGAAUCUAUACACGCACAGCUCAUUACAGAACUUGGAUAAAUUCUCACAUUUUUUUGUUCGACAGAGCCAUCGAUAGAAGUAUUUCACAUGCGCUCAUUCUUUGGACUCUAGUGGUUAGCCUUGCAUAAUGUCCUGUGGAAAAGAAACCCCUUAUUUUGCUGUUCUUGUAUAAUUAUAUUAUCAUACUGCUUUAAAAUAAAAUAUAUUUUUCA